AUGCCUCUCGAGCACAUCGACCAAUGUAAAGCCGUUGACGCUUACGUCAAACAGCACCUCAUCCCAGCCGACAAAGGCCUCGAGAACGCCCAUACCAAUAGUACCAAAAAUGGCCUUCCUAUGAUCGCCGUCUCCCCGAUCCAAGGCAAAUUCGUCUCGAUGCUCACAACCAUCGGGUCAGCCCGCAACGUCCUGGAGAUCGGCACGCUGGGAGGCUACUCCAGCAUCUGGUUCGCGCAAGCGAUGAAAGGGCGCGGAAAGGUGACCAGUAUCGAAGUCGACCCGCACCACCGCGAUGUCGCUAUCGACAAUCUGCGGACUGCUGGCGUGCAAGUCCCUGAAGAAGUCGACGUCCUCCUUGGAGCCGGUCUGGACGUUCUGCCCAAGCUGGCGGCGGAGAUCGAGAAAGGGGAGCGAGAGCCGUUUGACUUCGUAUUUAUCGAUGCGGACUGGGAGAACCAUUGGAACUACUUUGAUUUUGGAGUCAAGUUGUCGAAAGGAAAGGGUGCCUUGGUUUAUGUUGAUAAUACGGUGCAGAACAUGUUGGAGAGUGGUAUUGUUGGGACUAAUGAGCGAGAGAAGGAUGCUGUUGACCUUGUGGCUAAAGUUGGACGAGAUGAUCGUGUGGAUGCUGUUGUUAUGCAGACAGUGGGCGCAAAGAGUCAUGAUGGUUUCCUGCUGGCGGUUGUGAAAUAG